ACGGUCCCACCACUCAUUGUUGAAUUUCGAACUAAAAAACACCUCCUGACUACUAUGUUCUGGACGAAAAGUUAUUAAUUUAAUGUUUUUGUAUAUUGUAUUCUGUCCAUGAGCGUAACAGAGACAGACUGAGAGAAAGGGAGAGACUGAGAGACAGGGCCGCCGCAGGCAGAGAGACAGAGAGGGCGAGAGCGAGCCGAGCGGGUGCGAGCGAGAGGUCGCCGCAGGCACGCACACACUUAUGCCUGUACAUAUAUAUAGUAUCAGCAGAAAAUAAGUCGAAAAAGUCAAAUUCGCACUCGGUUCUGCGAGAACUCAACGAUUUUUUCAUACCUACAUAUGUAUGUACCCACGGCUGCGUCAUCAAAAGCGAAUACAUCAGAUCAGUCUUGCAUGAGGGGAAUCGCUUUUCUCAGGUUUACUAAGAGUUCUACCGCCAGCGAGAGAUAUAGGCUAUAAAGACCACAAUGUCAUCCACUUUGGCGGAUGCGCCGGUGAUUGACUUGGUGGAGGAUCUAGAGGAUGGCGAGAUCGACGACGAUGACGAGGAGGAGGAGCAGCCAGCGCCGCCAAAGAUCCAGGCCCAGAAAAAGGUUUCCCCAGCGGAUGAAGAGGUCCAAUUUGUGGGCGUUGAGCUUAAGAACAAAAUCGCCGACGAGGAUGUCGUCUAUAUGGGACUAUCGGCUGAUUCCACAGGUCCACAAAAUAGCAAUAGCAGCAAGUCCAAGAAGCCCAGGCCAUUGGAAGAUGAUCAUGCUAGCAGCAUCGAGAAUGCCAUUGCUAAUGCCUUAAAGAAGAAGGGCAUUGAGCCGCCAAUGCCCAGGAUGCGUUCGUCCAACCAGGACAUGGGCGAUCUUUCCUUGGAGGGACUAGCCGGGGAGGGAAAUCCCCUCCAGCAGCCAAGUCGCAGCAGCAGGCGAAGGAAGCGCAAAAAAGAGCGCGAGCGAGAGCAAAAGAAGGACAAGGACCACCAGAAACGGUCGCGCCGUGAAGAUGGCGACGUGUCCAGCGUGGCGGGCGGUGCUGGCAGUGAUGACAUGGACAUGGAGUACGAGAUGAUGAACGUGCGCGGCGGCAGUCCGCCGCCCGGAGGAGUAGCACCUCCCUCCUCCGGCGGCGGUGGUGGUGGUCAUUGGGACGACGGCUCUGGCGCGGGCGGAGGAGGCGGCGGCGGUGGAGGCUACGACUCGCAGCAGGACCCCUACAGCAGCUACGAUUCCUACUCCGAGGAGGAGGCAUCCGCGGCACCUGGGCUGAUGAAUCAGCGGCGGCGAAUGCGACGGGAAAGGGAGAAGGAGCAGCAGCAGCGGGGUGGCAACAAUCGCAAGCGGAGGGAUCGCGAUCGCCACGAGGGCGCCGGCGGAGGAGGAGCCAAGCGAAAUCGCCGCGACUCGGGAGGCGAGGGAGGAGGUGCCGGCGGCGGUGGACAGAUGGAGAAGAUGGGCGGCGGCGGCGGCGGAGGCGGCGGUGGUCGCAUUGAACCCCGCAAGCUGGAGCUGUGCAAGUUCUAUCUGAUGGACUGCUGUGCCAAGCGCGACAAGUGCUCCUACAUGCACAAGGAGUUCCCCUGCAAGUACUACUACCUGGGCAUGGACUGCUAUGCCGGCGACGACUGCCUCUUCCAUCACGGCGAACCGCUGACCGAGCAGCUGCGCAACAUCCUGCUGAAGCACAUGGAGACGGCGCCCAAGGAGAUCUUGGGUGACUUUAAGCGAAUAUCGAGGGACAUUGCCAUGGGCCAGAUGACGCGACGGCACGAGCAGUUGUGCGAGCAGUUCAAGCGGGAGAACACCUGGAGCAUGAUGGGCAAUGCGGGGAUGGGCAGGCGACAGGAUCAGCAGCAGCAGCACAUGCAGAUGCAGCAGCAGCAGCAGCAACAGAUGCAGCAGCAACAACAACAGAUGCAGCAGCAGCAGGAGCAACAGCAGCAGCAACAACAGGCGGGUGCCGAGUGCAUUCCCUCGCUCCUGGACAUGGUCAUCAAUCCGCCGCAUCCGGAGAAGAAGCGAAAGUCCCGCUGGGCUGACAAAACGGCCGCCAAGGCGGCAGCGGCAGCAGCAGUAGCUGCCCCAGAAACGGGCAACACAUCGCCGGCGGCCAAGCCAUUGCCACCUCACCUGGACCUGGCCAACCUCAGUCACGUCCUGAGUGCCGAGAACAUGGCCAAGCUGAACAAGCUGGGCAUCACCAACCUGGAGCAGAUGCUGCAGGUGCCCUUUGGCCAGCUAACCGAGGCGGGGCUCACGCUAGUCGAGCUGGGCGAGAUUCAGCGCAAGGCGGAGGACGCCAAGCCACAGACAACCCAAACCGAAACGCCAGUCAGCACUCCCGUUGCGAAGCCAGAAACGGAGGCCAGCAACAGCAACUCCAACAGCAAUGGCUUCAUCAUGGUGGACUACACGCAGUAUCUGAAGGAUGCACAUGUCAGCUUCUCGGGCAACGAUCCGCUGGACGACGAUCGCGAUGACGACGAACAACUGGUCAUAGACGAUGGCAACGAGUCCACCGCCGAGGAGGAGCAGCCGGCAAGCAAACAGCAGGUGGCCAAGGCGCCGCCAGUCGCUCGUCAGGACUCUGCCUCCGCCGAGGAGGCGCCGCUGCCCUCCGUCUUCGAUUUGCCCAGCUUCAUGAGCAACAUGCUCCAGCAGGCAGGUCAGGCAUCCAGCCAGCAGCUUCUGCCGGCCAGUGCCACGUCGCCCACCCAGGAGACGGCAACUGGCCAGCUGGAGCCAUCGGGGGGCCCCAAGUCGGGGGUGCCGCCGAGCAGCUCCACCAAUGUGUUCAGCCGGAUUCUGUUCGGCGACAAGCAGGCGGAUCCCGAGGCCAGGGCGGCCUUCUACCGCGACAUCAUCCGCAAUCCCUUCAAGGCGCACAGCGGCGACGGGGACGUGGACUCGGCCAAUGAGAACUCCAACUCCAAUUCGCGCUCGCUGACGCCGACGCCCACGCCGGAACCGGGAUCGCAGUCGCCCAAGCAGGAGGAGAUGCCCGAGUUGCCUGCCAUUACGCCUGUGCUGCCGCCCACGACGCCCUCGCUCUACGUGCGUCCCUCCAUGUACGACUUUGACCCAUCCAAGGUGGAGGAGCUGCAGCGACCGGAGGCGGGCGAGGAGCUGCGCCAGCGGGACACGGACAUGCGACUGCCGUUCGAGCCGAUGAAACACUAUAUGCCCGCCACCGAAAUCGAUGCGGCCAUCUUCUCGCACACGCCGCUUCGCUGGCAGCUGCAGGAGGUGUCCGUGGAGGAGGCCAGCUACGCGCAGAUCCGGCUGAGUGCCCAGCACAAGGAGCAGCGCGACCUGAGGGAUCCCCGCAUGCGUCGCAUCCUCGGGCUGCCCGAGAUGCCGGAUAAUGGAGGAGUCCUGGGUUCAAUGGGAGGCAGCUUAUCGGGAGGAGGCGGAGGAAGCUCCUCCUCGAUCAGCGACUCCUUUGGCCGUUCCGGGGCGACCAUAGCCUCGCCGGAGUCGGAUACGAACGCGAUACGCGAUGCCACGCCCAGUUCUCCGCCCCCGACGCUGGCCCAUCUGCCCUCCAUGAGCGUACCGCCGCCAUCGAUGAGCGUGCCGCCGCCCAGUCUGCCCGUGGAGAAGCCCCAAGUGCGGGCAGAUCCGCGUCGCGAUCCCAGGAGAGCCCACCUUCAGGCGCAGGCGCAGGCGCAGGCUCAGGCGAAUCCCGCUCCUGCCACCACAUCGAAUGCCACCGGGGGCAGCAAGCAGAUCUCCGAGAUCCGCAGCCUCAUGCAGAGCUCCAACUGGUACAAGAACCUGGGCAGCAACAACAAGAUCAUGGUCAACCAGCAGCUCGCCUUGGUCUUCACCGAGCUCAAGAAGUUCCACCAGCUGCCCGAGGAUGCCCCGAAGAUCUUCGACGUGGGCUUCAUCGUGAACAGCCCCACGUUGCAGCAGAUCUUUGCCAAGCUCUACAUCUUUGUGGACGACAAUGGUCAGGUGGUGCAGAUGCCCGAGGAGAAUAAUUCAGUGGGUGGAGCAGCAGCAGGCGGCGGAGGAGGAGUGGUGCUGCCGAAUCUAUCGCAACCUCCACCAAAUCUGGCUCAGAUGUUAAGGGUACCACCGCCGAAUAUACGAAUGCUACGCAUGUCGGGAAUGAUGAUGCAAAUGGGGGCGCCUCUGUUCAAUCAGCCACCUCCACGAGCUGGACUGCUGGGAAUGCCACCCAAUGGAGGAAACCAGGGUGGAGGACCAGGACCUGUGCCCAAUGGCAAUCCCUUUAAUCCCUUUGCGGGCGGAGCGGGCAACAAUGGAGGAGGCGGCGGAGGAGGAGGAAACAACAUGGGCAACAUGGGCAUGCCCUUCAAGAAUUUCAACAACGGAAAUAACAACAACAAUAACAACAAUGGGGGCGGCAGAGGUGGACACUUUCCAGGUGGAGGAGGAGGAGGAAACAAUCGCAAUCAGCGGGGGAGGCGGUAAUCAGCGAGUGUCGCCAGGAUAAACCAACAACAUAAAAGACUUGUUAUGCCAAAAUGAUGUUGAUGUUAUGCCCCAUGACCCAUGCCCCAUUUACCCCAAGUAACCCGGCCUUGUUUCUCCCCCCACUCCUAUUUUUUUUUUAUAGAGAAUCCGGGCUUCGACUGCUUUGUACAUUGUAUUCUAUUCUAUUCCUUAAUUCCCCAUCAUUGUCACUAUUUUUUUGGCUAGGUGUAAGGACGAGCCCUUAUAGCAUGUAGCCCUACUACGUACUGAUAAAUGUAGUUAAUAGUAAAACGAGAAAAACAGAGAAACUUAAGAAGGAAAAGCUGAGGAACAGGAACAGAAACAGAAAGUCAAGUAGAAUUGGUAUGUGACCUUUUUUACCGAGCUCUUUUGAAUAACGUAGGAUUAAACUGUUUAUUUGUGCGUGUACUACAUUGAUAAACUAGACAUACCAACUACAAA